CGCCUUCGACGUGCAUAUCUCUAAUAAUAACCUAACAUAUAGGCGUGCUUUAGAAUAUGCAUAGGCAGUCUCUGUCAGAUGACGUUUGAAGUUGAGUUAUUUCAAACUUAGCUUCGUGUUUGUUUUGACCAAAUUGGACGUGUUGAUUCAAUAAGCAGACAUUACUAUGAAUGGUAUGUGUAGUAAGAUUUAAGAUAGCUGUUGGUAAUGUAGUCCAGUGCCCAUCUUCUUAAAUUCGGUUUGAAUUUUACCACAGGUAUAGGUCUGUGUCGUCUUUUGCACACCGUGGGUCGGAGGAGUCGCCACUCUGGUGCCCACCACCCUCCCGCAUAUGACGUCAUUGUGGUGGGCGGCGGUCACGCGGGCACGGAGGCGGCCGCGGCUGCCGCCCGUCUCAGAGGUCGCACCCUACUCGUCACUCACAAGGCUUCCACCAUUGGAGAAAUGUCUUGCAACCCUUCAUUUGGAGGAAUUGGAAAAGGCCAUCUUAUGCGAGAGAUCGACGCAUUAGAUGGCCUCUGUUCCAAAAUUUGCGAUGUUUCCGGAGUGCAGUACAAGGUGCUGAACCGGAGCAAGGGGCCGGCCGUGUGGGGUCCGCGCGCCCAGAUCGAUCGCCAGCUGUACCGGCGCCAGCUGCAGCGCCAGCUACUGGCCACGCCCGGCCUGCAGCUGCUCGAGGCCGGCGUGGACGACCUGCUGCUGGUCGACGGCGAGCGGCCCGGCUCGGCGCGCUGCCACGGCGUCCGCACCGCGGACGGCCGGGAGCUGACGGCGGCGGCGGUGGUGCUGACCGCCGGUACCUUCCUGCGCGGCCAGAUCAGCCUGGGUGCUCAGUCGUGGCCGGCCGGCCGCGCCGGUGACCAGCCGGCCAUCCAUCUGGCGCGUGCCCUCGAGCGUCUCCAGUUUCGGAUGGGUCGCCUAAAAACCGGCACGCCGCCUCGUGUGCUGAAGCGCAGCAUCGACUUCAGCCGGCUGGAGGCCCACGGAGGCGACGACGUGCCGCAGCCCUUCUCCUUCCUCAACGACAGCGUCUGGAUCAAGGCCGAGGACCAGCUGCCGUGUCACAUGACGUAUACGACGUCGGAGGUGGGGAACAUUGUCAGGCGGUCACUCGACGAGAACCCACACGUCAAGGAAGAGGUCAACGGCCCCCGCUACUGCCCCUCCAUCGAGUCCAAGAUACUCAGGUUCGGUGACCGGCAGCACCAGGUGUGGCUGGAGCCGGAGGGACUGCCGGCCGAUCCGGACACGGACCUCAUCUACACGCAGGGCCUGUCGUGCACCAUGGCCGAGCCGCUGCAGCUGGAGAUGCUGCGCCAGCUGACGGGUCUCGAGCGCUGCCACAUGGUCAGACCCGGGUACGGCGUCGAGUACGACUACAUCGACCCGCGCGAACUGCGCUCCAGUCUGGAGACCCGCCGCGUGCGCGGCCUCUACCUGGCCGGACAGGUGAACGGCACCACCGGCUACGAGGAGGCCGCCGCUCAGGGCCUGGUGGCCGGCGUCAACGCGGCCAGACAGGCGCGCGGCGACACACCCAUGCCGUUGGAUCGCACCGACGGCUACAUCGGCGUACUGAUCGACGACCUGACGGUGCAGGGCACCAACGAGCCAUACCGCAUGUUCACGUCGCGCGCCGAGUUCCGUCUCACGCUGCGGCCGGACAACGCCGACCUCCGGCUCACCGAGAGAGGGUACCGGGCCGGCGCGGUAUCGGAGCGGCGGUACACCCGGCUGUGCGCCACACGGGCCCGCCUGGAGACGGUAACGGCCGCGCUCACCGAGCACCGACUGCCGCUGGCCGAGUGGAGACGCCACCUCCGGCUGCCCGCCGGCUCGUCCAACGACAGCAAAACGGCAUUUGAGCUGUUAGGCAUAGGGAGUGAAAAGGUGGAGCUGGCGCGCAUUCUGAAGGCUUUCCCCGAGCGGUACUCCUCGCUGGAGGACAGCUGCGAGCCGUGGGUGCAGGCCAGGGUGAAGAUCGAGGCUUUGUAUGAAUCGGCCAGCGCCGCCCAGCUGGCGGAAAUGGCCGAGGUGCGCAGGGACGAGGGUCUCGUGAUACCGGACGACCUCGACUACACCAGCCAUCAAAUGACCCUGUCGUUGGAGGAGCGCGAAAAGCUGAUGGCCAGCCGACCCCAGACGAUCGCCGCCGCCAGCCGCAUCUCGGGCGUCACGCCGGCGGCCGUCGUGCGCCUGCUACAGCACGUGCGCCACUUGCUAUCAUGUGCGGCGCGGUGUCGUAGGCCCACCAGUCUAGGAAGUGUGGCUGUACUGUGGCGACUGUAA